AUGACCAGUCCAGCUGGCAAUCGCCGCUUUGCCGCUGGCUUUGACCCAUAUGCUUCCAGCACUGGCGACUCGGAUGUUACCUUGGCUCAUUCCAUCUCCCACUCGGCAGCACUCAAAGCAAACCAGGCUGGCUUUGCUUUAUCCCAGCCAUCGCAUCGCCAGAGCGCCAGAGUCAACAAGUACGAUCAUCUCAUCCCAGUCCACAAGCACCGCACUCCCAAUUUUGAUCUCAUUGCAUGGACGUUGCGUCAGGAGGAAGUCAUCGGUCUCAUCUACACCAUCCUUUCUCUCAUCACACGUCUUUGGGCAAUCGGUCUCAGCAAAGUCGUCGUUUGGGACGAAGCGCAUUUCGGUAAAUUCGGCUCACACUAUCUCCAGCAGGAGUUCUACUUUGAUGUCCACCCUCCCCUUGGCAAGAUGCUCGUAGGUCUUGCUGGUCUCAUCAGCGGCUACCGCGGUCAGUUUGAGUUCAAGUCAGGCGAGAACUACCCUGCCGAUGUCAACUACAUCGGUAUGAGGGUCAUCCUCGCCAUGUUCGGUGUUGCUAUGGUCCCGCUCGCCUGGUUCACCAGUGGAGGUCUCCAUUGGAACUGGCGUGCUCGCCAUCUCCUCACCAUCAUGGUUCUCCUCGAUAACGGCUGGCUCGUCAUCUCGCGAUUCAUCCUCCUCGACUCGAUGCUCCUAUGCUUCACCUUCACCACCGUCCAUGGUCUCGUCAAGUUCAUGCAGUACAAGUCCGCUCCUUUCUCCAAAGCAUGGUGGUUCUGGCUCGCUUUCACUGGCGCUUCCAUUGGCUGCGUCUCUUCCGUCAAGUGGGUCGGCCUCUUUGUCACUGCCCUUGUCGGUGUCUUCACCGUCGAGGAUCUCUGGGACAAGUUUGGCGACCUUCGUAUCCCCGUCCGCGCCUAUGCUCGCCACUGGUGCGCCCGCAUUCUCUGUCUCAUCUUCUUGCCUCUCACCAUCUACAUGCUCAGCUUCAAGGCUCACUUUAUCAUCCUUAGCCGAUCGGGUCCAGGCGAUGCACAGAUGAGCAGUCUCUUCCAGAGUCACCUGCGUGGCAACGACUUUGCACUCUCGCCUCCAGAAGCUGCUUUCGGCUCCAAGAUCACACUCAAGAACAUGGGCUACGGUGGUGGCCUCCUCCACUCGCACGUUCAGACCUACCCAGUCGGAUCGCAGCAGCAACAGGUCACCUGCUACCACUACCGUGACAACAACAACGAGUUCAUCAUCACUCCACCUUGGAACGAGGAGCAACUGCCUGCCAACUACUCGGGCUCAGAUCAGCCUCUCCGUAUGCUCAAGGACAACGACAUCAUCCGUCUCGUCCACGAUCAGACCAAGCGCAACAUUCACUCGCAUCACAUCGCUGCACCCGUCACCAAGGAGAACCUUGAAGUCUCGUGCUACGGCGACGAGAACACUGGUGACGACAACGAUCACUGGAUUGUCGAGGUCGUCGAUGACAUGGUCCAUGGCAAGGUUUACCGUGGUGGACCUGUUCGAUCUCUCACAACGCGUAUCAGGUUGCGACACAAGAACAUUGGCUGCUACCUGCGUGCUGCCAACGCUGUGCUUCCACAAUGGGGCUGGAAGCAGGUCGAGGUCUCGUGCGACAAAGAGAACAACGCCAAGGACGAACACACAUGGUGGAACAUCGAGAAUCACUGGAACGACCGUCUGCCUCCCGGUGACGAAAAACUCUACCGUUCCCCCUUCCUGCGCGACUUUAUCCACCUCAACGUUGCAAUGAUGACAUCCAACAAUGCCCUCAUCCCUGACGCUGACAAGGAAGACAUCUUGGCAAGUAAACCUUUCGACUGGCCUUUCCUCUGGAACGGUCUCCGAAUGAACUCGUGGGAUGACAACACGAUCAAAUACUAUUUGCUUGGUAAUCCUGUCAUCUGGUGGUCUUCCUCCAUCUCCCUUGUCGUCUUCGGCGCUACUUGGCUAUACUAUAUGAUGCGUCGUCAGCGUCGAAUUCAAGACCUUUCUCCCAACGAUUGGGCUCAUUUCCUUUACGUUGGUAAAAUAGCUGCCUUUGGAUGGGCUCUUCACUAUCUUCCCUUUUUGAUCAUGGCGAGAGUGUGUUACCUACACCACUACCUUCCCAUCCUUUACUUUGCCGUGCUGAUGCUGGCUCAUUUGAUGGAUCAUUUCCUUUGGAGGCCUACGACUGCGGUCUACUACUUUGGUGGUAGACAGAGAAAACCGCUCGGGCAAGGAGUAAAGAAUGUAGCUUUUGCAACCGCAGUUGCAGCAGUUGCCACCGCUUUUUGGUGGUUUAGGAACAAUAGCUACGGUUUUCAGGGCGAUAUUAACAAACACAAGGGUUUGAAGUGGAGGAAAAGCUGGAAUAUUUAUUAG